UUUUUUUUUAAAGGGGGAUGAGAAAGAAAGAAGAAAAAUUUAGAAAAAAUAAAAAAAAUAAGACAAGAGAAAAGAGAAAGGAAAGGAAAGACAGAAAGGAAGAUCGGAAAAUCAAAAUCACCAAAAGGGUUUAUAUAAAAACAAAAAACGUAUCAUAACAAAACAAUAAACAAUCACGUGAUCUCGUGUUAUGAUACGGGAUUUUUGUAAAAUUAAAAAAUAUUAAGUUUAAAAAUUCCGUAUAAAUUCCGCAUGAUUAAUUUUUUCCGUAUACAUUUCGUAUACAUUUGUUUUUUUAAAAAAUGUUUAAAAAUGAAUUGCUUAUUAAAUAUACGGAAUUUGUAUACGGAAUCUAUAAAAACGUACAUAAAAUGUAUACAAAACGUAUCCUUUCCGUAUACAUAUUUCUUAUAGGGA